GAUCCCUUCUUGGAAGGUCGGAAAGAGGGCAAGAACGAUCGCAGUCGCUGGAAACAGAAAGCCAGCCCCCCUCCUCUCCCUCGAGCUCUCUCUGCCUUCCUUUCCCUAAUUCUGGGAGGCGCCUUCAGGCCGUCCUACGACCGCAUUUGGAAUCAGAGGAGAAAGACAGAAAUCGAGGCUUAUCCCAAAAGUAAAAGAAAAAAAAUGUCAAUAAAAGCAUGAAUUACUUAUGAAAAGGCUCUGUGCUCUCUCAUAUCCUCCAAAUUUUCUUCCAUCAUUUGCCAAGUGAUAUCCAUCCCUUUUGAUCGCUUUCCUCACAAAACCUCAUCCUAAUAUCCGGAUCACUGCUCAUAUAAUCUACAGACAGACAUGGGUGAAGCCGCCGCAGAACCAAGAGACGACACGCCAUUGCUCCAAAAAUCCUCGUACAAGCUCCCUGACUUCACGAAAUCUAUCAAACUCAAGUAUGUCAAGCUUGGUUACCACUAUGUCAUCACCCAUGGCAUGUACCUGUUCCUAUUGCCCUUCCUCGUCCUCAUCGCUGCCCACAUGUCUACAUUCUCUGUCCAAGACCUUCAUGUCCUCUGGAAGCACCUCCGCUUCAACCUCAUCUCCGUGAUUGUUUGUUCCACGCUCCUUGUCUUCCUCACCACCCUCUACUUCCUCACUCGGCCACGAUCAGUGUACCUUGUUGACUUCUCCUGCUACAAGCCUGAGGAAGCCCGGAAAUGCACCCGGGAAACCUUCUUGCAACAGUCCCAGUCUCUGGGCACCUUCACCGAAGAGAGCAUAGAAUUCCAACAUAGGAUCCUCGAAAGGUCGGGCCUUGGUGACUCCACAUACCUUCCUGAUGCUCUCCUCAGCAUUCCUCCCAAUCCUUCAAUGGCAGCGGCCAGAAAGGAAGCCGAGAGUGUGAUGUUUGGAGCCCUCGAUGAGCUCUUUGCUAAGACUAAUGUGAAGCCCAAGGACAUAGGGAUUCUGAUAGUGAAUUGUAGCUUGUUCAAUCCUACCCCAUCUCUUUCUGCCAUGGCUGUGAACCAUUACAAGCUUCGGGGCAACAUCGUUAGCUUUAAUCUUGGUGGAAUGGGUUGCAGUGCGGGUCUACUCUCUAUAGCUCUUGCAAAAGAUCUUCUUCAAGUUCACCCCAAUACCUAUGCUGUCGUUAUCAGCAUGGAGAACAUCACUUUGAAUUGGUACUUUGGCAAUAACCGGUCCAUGCUCGUUUCCAAUUGCUUGUUUCGAGUGGGCGGGGCUGCAAUCCUUCUAUCAAACAAGAGAUCUGAUCGCUGGCGCUCCAAAUAUCAGCUGAUCCAUACUGUUCGAACCCAUAAAGGUGCAGAUGACAAGUGCUUCAGCUGCGUCACCCAACAGGAGGAUACCGACGGUAAAAUCGGUGUUCUUCUAUCAAAAGAUCUGAUGGGGGUUGCUGGCGAUGCUCUGAAGACUAACAUUACUAUACUGGGUCCUCUCGUACUGCCAAUGUCAGAACAGUUGCUGUUCUUUGCUACAUUAGUAGGGAGGAAGCUUUUCAAGAUGAAGAUUAAGCCAUACAUCCCUGACUUUAAGCUGGCCUUUGAGCAUUUUUGCAUCCAUGCUGGUGGAAGAGCUGUUUUGGAUGAGUUGGAGAAAAACCUGCAGCUGUCCGAGUGGCAUAUGGAGCCAUCGAGAAUGACGCUCUACCGAUUUGGUAACACGUCGAGCAGUUCUCUUUGGUAUGAAUUGGCUUAUGCAGAGGCUAAAGGAAGGAUUAAGAAAAGGGAUAGGAUAUGGCAAAUUGCAUUUGGAUCUGGAUUCAAGUGUAACAGUGCAGUCUGGAAGGCUCUGAGGACAGUAAAUCCUGCAAAGGAGAAGAACCCCUGGAUUGAUGAGAUCGACAAGUUCCCAGUGGUGGUUCCUAGAGUGUCUGCACUUUGAACUCUGUUCGAUCGAACUAACCGUCUCCUGAUAUUAUUGCAGAAUCUUUCUUUUCGGCAGAUGAAUUGUUCACAAUUCCGUGAAGGUAUUGUAGUUAAUUAGGCAGGUAAGGAUCAUCUGUUUUAUUUUUAAGCUGUUGGAUGAAUGAUUAGUUGAUUUCUAACAUCGAGGGGGCAUGAGAUUGCUUUCGUUUUGGUGGACGAGGUGUUAUGUAGAUCAGUGUGUUAGGAGAACUAUCUGGUUGAUCUCCAGAGUGAUCAGACACUUGGAAAAAAGGUCAUGGAUGACUGAGAUGACUGCUUUGUUCUAUUGUAUUUUCCUUGAUGCCAAGUAGGCUUGUUUUAAGGAAUUGGAUGCUGAUUUUAAUCAACUUUACCUGUAUUACCGAUUUUAUUUUCUGAAAUUCCCACCAGCAACUUUUACAC